UCAUGCCAACUAACAUUUUAAGCGGUCAAGCUGCUGAAGGUGUAAAAGAUCAAAUUAAUCUAGCUAAGGAAACGAUCAAGAUUGCUGGCCCCAUCAUAAAUAAAGAAAAGAAGCCGCUAGAAAUGCCAUCGGUGGUGAGUAUGGUGGUGCCGCAAUCAAUGCUUCAAUUGAAUCUGCAUUUGGACCAAUUGGAACUGCAGCUGGUGAAUUUGCUGGAAAGCUUGUUGGUAAAUAUGUUGCCGGAGCUGCUGCUGAUUAUCUUUUGAAAGAUGAAGGUGUUGUUGAUAAGAUUGGCAAUAAAAUUUCAAGCUUUUUUGGUUGAAAUUUAAAUAAAAAUUAUGAUCAUUAAAUUGUUUUUUGAA